GAUGAUAAGAUGAGGGCCUUCGCGGAGAAGGUGUUUGCAUCUGAUACUAAAGACGAAAACAUCCGUGACGAGAUCUCACUGUUUGAUGUGGAUGACGAGUGUCCCAUCUUCCACAAUGAGCUGGCCCACCAUCUGCACACUGAGGAUGAUGUGGAGAAACGCAAGAGGCACCAGCGCUUCCGCACCAUGACUGUGCCUGUGGCCGCCACCCAGGCAACUGCUGCCCCUGUAGUGUCAGUAGAGGUGGACACGCCCACCUACCUGGAAGUGCCCGACUUCCAGAGGGUGGCCAUCAUUGGAGACUACGCCUCUGGGGUGACCAUGGAUGACUUUGAGUUGUCCUGUAAGGGCCUGUACCGUGCCUUGAACAUCAGGGAGAAGUACAUGAGGCUGGCCUACCAGCGCUUCCCACGGACGGUCUCCAAGUACUUGCGUGAGAUCGAGGGAGCGACCUUCAAACCUGAAGAUCAGGUGCAGCCAGUCUUCACAUCUCCUCCAAAGAACGGGGAAGACCCCUUCGAUACCAAGGAGCUGCCAAAGAAUCUGGGCUAUGUUGCUCGUAUGAAGGAUGGUCUCAUCUAUGUGUACAACGAUGCUGCAGCUGCUGACAAACAUCAGCCCAAAGACCUGCCCUGCCCCGACUACGACACCUUCAUCGAUGACAUGAACUUCCUCAUUGCUCUCAUUGCACAGGGCCCAACUAAGACUUACACUCACCGCCGUCUGAAGUUCCUCAUGUCCAAGUUCAAUGUGCAUGAAAUGCUGAAUGAGAUGGAGGAGAUGAAGGAGCUGAAGAUGAACCCCCACAGGGACUUCUAUAACUGCAGGAAGGUGGACACCCACAUCCAUGCUGCUGCCUGCAUGAAUCAGAAGCACCUGCUGCGCUUCAUCAAGAAGUCUUACCGUGUGGACUCUGACCGUGUCGUGCACAAACUUAAAGGAAAAGAGGUCACCAUGAAGGAGCUCUUCGAGUCCCUCAACCUGCAUCCUUAUGACCUCACAGUGGACUCCCUGGAUGUGCACGCUGGUAGACAAACCUUCCAGCGUUUUGAUAAAUUCAACGCCAAAUACAACCCUGUAGGAGCCAGUGAGCUGCGUGACCUUUACAUGAAGACAGAGAACCACAUCAAUGGAGAGUACUUUGCCACCAUCAUCAAGGAAGUAGCCAGUGAUCUGGAGGAUGCCAAGUACCAGUAUGCUGAGCCACGUCUGUCCAUCUAUGGCUGCAACCCAAAUGAGUGGAGCAAGCUCUCCAACUGGUUCGUCAGGCACAGAGUAUUCUCCCCUAACCUUAAAUGGAUGAUUCAAGUACCCAGGAUCUACGACGUCUUCAGAGGCAGGAACUUUGUGCCCCACUUUGGCAAGAUGCUGGAGAACAUUUUCCUUCCUGUGUUCCAGGCCACCAUUGACCCACUCUCCAACCCAGAGCUCAGCAUCUUCCUCAAGCAUGUGACAGGUUUUGACAGCGUGGACGAUGAGUCCAAGCACAGUGGUCACAUGUUUUCCACUAAGAGUCCCAAACCAGAGGAGUGGGACAUCACCAAGAACCCCUCCUACACCUAUUACAUCUAUUACAUGUAUGCCAACAUUGCUGUGCUCAACCAGCUCCGCAGACAGAGGGGGAUGAACACAUUCAUGUUCAGGCCUCACUGCGGUGAGGCCGGUGCCAUCACCCAUCUGCUGGCUGCCUUCAUGACUGCUGACAACAUCUCUCAUGGCCUCAACCUUAAGAAGAGUCCCGUGCUGCAGUACCUGUACUUCAUUACCCAGAUCCCCAUUGCCAUGUCCCCUCUCAGCAACAAUAGCCUGUUCCUGGAAUACGCCAAGAACCCCCUGCUGGAGUUCCACAAGAAAGGCCUGGUGGUUUCUCUGUCCACCGACGACCCCAUGCAGUUCCACUACACCAAGGAACCCCUGAUGGAAGAGUACGCCAUUGCAGCACAGGUCUUCAAGCUCAGUACCUGCGACAUGUGUGAGAUCUCCAGGAACAGUGUGCUGCAAAGCUCCCUGUCUCAUGAGGAGAAGAGCCACUUCUUAGGUCACGACUACCUGAAAGAUGGUCCAGAGGGCAACGACAUCCGUAAGACCAACGUGGCUCAGAUCCGUAUGGCAUAUCGCUUUGAGACCCUGUGCUAUGAGCUCAACCUUAUCAGGGAGGGCCUGAAGUCUGAUUAAACAGUCUCAAAUCUGACUUAACACCUAGUCAAAACAUGUCACUAGAGCGAGAGAGAGUGAGUUUCUACAUUUGUUUUUCACAAUAACUCUUAACAAAGUGAAUCUUAAAGAAACCAACCUUCUAACACACUGAUGUUCUCUCCUUUGGAGGAAGAAAAUGUUUGAUAAUUGUCUUCCCUGUAUAUCAUCAGCACAUCUUGUCCAAAAAACAUUGCAGUAUGUGUAUUCCAUAUGGAGAAACAUCGUGUAUAAGAAUGAAAAUAAAAUAAAAUGUCAAAUAACAA